GCAGACAUGUCCAUAGCGCUCAAGCAAGUCUUUAAUAAAGAUAAGACUUUCCGCCCAAAACGCAAGUUUGAACCUGGAACGCAGAGGUUUGAACUUCACAAACGAGCACAGGCCUCUCUGAACUCAGGUGUGGACUUGAAAGCGGCUGUGCAGUUGCCCAGUGGAGAAGACCAAAAUGACUGGGUGGCUGUCCAUGUUGUUGACUUCUUCAAUAGAAUCAACCUCAUUUAUGGAACUAUCUGUGAGUUCUGCACAGAGAGGACGUGCCCAGUGAUGUCUGGAGGCCCUAAGUACGAGUACCGGUGGCAGGACGACAUGAAGUACAAGAAGCCCACAGCAUUGCCAGCACCCCAAUACAUGAAUCUUCUCAUGGACUGGAUCGAGGUGCAAAUCAACAAUGAGGAUAUAUUUCCUACAAGUGUAGGUGUUCCCUUUCCAAAGAACUUCCUUCAGAUCUGCAAGAAGAUACUCUGCCGGCUUUUUCGGGUGUUUGUUCACGUCUACAUCCAUCACUUUGACCGUAUCAUCCUUAUGGGGGCUGAGGCCCACGUCAAUACCUGUUACAAGCAUUUUUACUACUUUGUGACAGAGCUCAACCUCAUAGACCGCAAAGAACUAGAGCCUUUGUGGUUUCAUGGAAUAAGCUUUGACUGGCCCAGGACAGUUCAUGAUGACCCACAACAAGUCAUCCCUAUAGCCCCCAAAUACCAAAACCCUGCCAGUUAUGCCUGGUACAUUGCAUUGCAUUCUCUGCAAAAAAGAGAUGACAACCAGGAUGUGUCACUAAAAAGCUACCCGCUGAAGAAAAGCAAAGUCCAGUUUUCUUCUUACUGCAGAGUUCAAGAACAUGACAGCCCUCGUGGACUAAGCCUGCUUGUUAAUGCAUGA